CGGCGGCACCACCGUUGAUCCCAGACUCCGACGCCGACUCAUAGGAAUCUCUGCGCCCGUGCGCCGAACAGGCUCCGAUCCUUCUUCCAACGCAGCACUCUACUGUCAAGGUAACUAGGCACCAAAUAUUUUACUGCUGGGCGAACCUUUGUCCCAGCCUGCAGAUGGAGUCAAAGUUUUUCCGGUUUCUAAAGCUUGUCGGAGUUGGCUUCAAGGCAAGAACAGAGUGCCAAGGCCGCGAGCUGUUCCUGAAACUGGGCUACAGCCAUGAGGUGCAGUUCACUGCCCCACCCUCUGUCCGCGUCUUCUGCUUCAAACCCAACAUCGUGUGCUGCACUGGCAUAGACAAGGACAGGGUGCACCACUUUGCAGGCGCUGUCCGGAGCUGCAAACCUCCGGAGGUGUACAAGGGGAAGGGCGUAUUGUACAUGGACGAAGUUGUGAAGCUGAAGCAAGGGAAGAAGCAGAAGAAGUGACUGAUGGAAUUUCUGGCUAAACCUUUCUCCAUUCUUCCGGAGUUCUGGUUUUGAUCUCUUGAUAUUUCUCUGUCUGUAGCUUCUGUAGCGGUGCCGUACUGCAGAUGUUGAUGUUGUUUUCUUGUGCCAAGGCGAUUCAUAGUUUCCUGCAACACAACACUUUGGAAUGUUUAUUCAACAGGUCCACCAAACGAAGCACCAGAUUCAGUUCUGUCAGACU